ACCAGUGAUUGACGCGCGUUUCUCUCACCGCGAUGCUCUCGAAGAAGCGCUGGUGGAAGAUCCGGCUGCCGCAGGUGGGCAAGCAGGAUCAGUCGAGGAACUACCGGGACAUCGUCAAUCUGAGCGAGUGCUCCUCGGUUCUGGCCAACACGGCCACCACAAUUAGCGACAGUUCCACCACCACCGCCAGCAGCGGCAGUCCCACCCGCCACCGGAGCUGCGACAGUCUCUCCAAGAGCUCCCAGGCGGAGGCGGGCAAGCUGUUCCCCCGGAACAUGCCCAGCAUACGGCGGAGUCGUCGCAGGGCUGUGUCAGCGGAAAGGGAGCGCCUGGCCAGCCGGGAGCGGCUAGAGGAGCAUGUGCAGCCACCGAAAAUGCCGCAGAUACGAGCUGGACAUCAGUCCCAGCUAUCGACGGUGACCAAACUGACGCCCAGGAAACUGGGCAAGUCCACGUGCUCCAAAAAUAGGAGUUAUCCCCCUGCGAAGUGCAUCAUCAAGUCAGCAGUACGAACCAAGACCAGGCCAAAGGACACGAUCACCCUGGCACCCUACGAAAUAGCCCUGGAGCUGCCCAACGAAUCCCCUGCUCGCACUUUGGCCAUGGCAGUGACCCAAUCUACCGGUUGCGUGCAGAGGAAGCUGAGCAGCGAGGAGCAGUUUCACUCCUCGGGGAUCUCCUGCAACGGGGAGACCGACGACGAUGUGGAGGUGGCCAUGCUGACCGGCAGCCUAACGCCCUCCCAGAUAGCCAGGAUCCAGGUGCAGCAGGUCCUCCCAUUUGGCGACCUGAGAAACCUGAACCGCUGCCGCAACAGGAACGCCGUUUGGCUAAAUCCCAAGGAUACGGAGCAGCUCCUUGAGGUAGACAGGCGAAGGAGGGAAGCCCACUGCUACUCCAACAAGGCCAUUGCCGACGAUAUCCAGCUCAGCGAUAUUGAAGAACAAUUGGCCAGGUUUGAUGGCCACUCAAAGAGGCCGCCACCGCCGGCAGCGACAGCUUCCAAAAUCGCCCAGUCCAACCAAGUUAUCGGGAAAUUCAAGCCCACACCUGCACCCCGCUCCUCAGGCAACAUGCAGCAGGCACCGCAGCCACAUCCACAGCAGCACCAUCCGCCCAGCAGCAGCUACUACACGCAAACCGAAAGCGAGCUGCUGCAGAUUGAGGCGGGCGGCACGGGCCUGACCUUCGCCUCCCACUCGCAACGCCCCGAAUCGGCGGUCAGCCAGGUGGCAUGCACCGCCCACCUGGACGUGCCCUCGGCCGCCUCCAGCGGCAGCGGGGGCAGUGGAGUCAGUGGGGGCAGCGGCGAGGCCCCGGAAUCAGCGGGUCGCUUUGUUUCCCCGCUGCAGCGCCGCCACUGCCAGCCGCCCAGCCACCUGCCGCUGAACUCGGUGGCCUCCCCGCUCCGCACCGCCAGCUACAAGUCGGCGGCGGCGGUUGCGGGUCAUGGCUUCCACCACAGCCACCACCAGCAGCUGGACUUCCAGCGGAACUCGCAGUCGGACGACGACAGCGGCUGUGCCCUCGAGGAGUACACUUGGGUGCCGCCGGGUCUGCGGCCUGAUCAGGUCCGCUUGUACUUCAGUCAACUGCCAGACGACAAAGUGCCCUACGUCAACAGUCCCGGCGAAAAGUAUCGUGUCAAGCAGUUGCUGCACCAGCUGCCGCCGCAAGAUAACGAAGUGCGCUACUGCCACUCGCUGAGCGACGAGGAGCGCAAGGAACUGCGCAUCUUCUCGGCCCAAAGGAAGCGGGAGGCCCUCGGCCGAGGAGCGGUCCGCCUGCUGUCCGACGAGCGACCCUGCAAGGGGUGCGAGGAGUCUUUGUCCGGCGGUGACAUUGUGGUUUUCGCCCAGCGGCUGGGCGCCCAGUUGUGCUGGCAUCCGGGCUGCUUUGUGUGCAGCGUCUGCAAGGAGCUCUUGGUGGACCUCAUCUACUUCCAGCGGGACGGGAACCUCUACUGCGGUCGGCACCACGCCGAAACCCAGAAGCCGCGCUGCUCCGCCUGCGACGAGAUCAUCUUUUCGGACGAGUGCACGGAGGCGGAGGGCAGGACAUGGCACAUGAAGCACUUCGCCUGCCAGGAGUGCGAUCACCAGCUGGGCGGGCAGCGGUACAUCAUGCGGGAGGCCAAACCGUACUGUCUGGCGUGCUUCGACACGAUGUUCGCCGAGUACUGCGACUACUGCGGAGAGGUGAUCGGAGUGGACCAGGGCCAGAUGAGCCACGACGGGCAGCACUGGCAUGCGACGGACCAGUGCUUCAGCUGCUGCACCUGUCGCUGCUCGCUGCUGGGAAGGCCUUUCCUACCCAGGAGGGGCACCAUCUACUGCUCGAUCGCCUGUAGCAAGGGUGAGCCACCCACGCCGUCGGACACGAGCUCGGGCCCACAGCUGAGACCCACUCACCGGGCUUCCACCUCCAGCCAAAUAGCUAGAUCCCCGCGGAGAGGGGGCGAGCGGGAGCGGGAUCCGGGUCGGAAGGCUCACCACGGCCACCCCAAGGCCACGGGUAGUGCCGGCGAUCUACUUGAGCGUCAGGAGAGGCAGCGCAUGGAGGCCGCAGGAGUGGCGGAUUUACUGCUCGGAGGAGGGGUUCCCGGCAUGCCACGCCCGGCCCAUCCCCCGCCCAUUGACCUCACCGAGCUGGGCAUCAGCCUGGACAACAUUUGUGCCGGCGACAAGUCCAUCUUCGGGGACACCCAAACCCUGACCAACUCCAUGCCCGACAUGCUGCUCUCCAAAGCAGACGACUCACAUAGUUACCAGAGCAUCGACAAGAUCAACCUGAACUCGCCCAGCAACUCUGAUCUGACGCAGAGCACCCAGGAACUGGCCAACGAGCUGGAGCUGGACAACGAGUUGGUGCGGGAGCUGCCUCACGAUGGCUACGAGCAGCUUUUCGCUAGCAAUCGCAACCAGGAAAACCCGGCCGAACAGGAACUGGACGACGAGCAGUUGGACAACCGACCGAUGAAGGAGGUGCGCUUCCACAGCGUCCAAGACACUAUGUCGCGCUCUAAGAGCUACACGGAUAACUCCAAUGCCCGGAGGCGGAGGAGGCGUCGCAACCAGUCGCGCAGCUCCUCGGAGAUGCAGAUCAACCAGACGAACCUCCGCCUGCACAACGCCCAAACACAGGUGGGAACGACGCCCCUGAAUCUGCUGAACAACCUGGACAACUGUGACGUGGCCAGUAUCUGCUCCACCUGCUCCUCCAGCUCCUCGAGCGAUAUGGACGACUACGUGUACCGCCUGCCUGCGCGAAAACACUACGGCGGAGUAAGAGUAGCAUAUGUGCCCAACGAUGCACUGGCCUACGAGCGCAAGAAGAAGAUGGCCCAGGACUCGUCCCUGGCCGCCGGAGCAGGCGGUGCAUCCGUGGGCGGGGCACCAGCGAUCAUGCAUGAGAGCAAAAACUGCACGAUUUCCUGA